AUGGAAGAGCUCGCUGGUAGCAACGUGGCAAAGUACGAGGACAUUGAGGGGAUCCGCACUCAAAAUGAAUUCGGAAAAUUUCUUAGAGAUUAUGCCGACGAGACCGGAGUGCACGUUUAUCAAAAAGCGUCGAUCGGUCUUUUGGAACCGGAAAGGAACACGAUUUUCAUUGACCUUGCGCACGUGCAUCAAUUCAGCGCCAGUCUCUACACGGCCAUCUCGCUGCAUUAUUAUCGACUCUAUCCCUACAUUUGCUCGGCUCUCCAAUUAAUGGUUCUUGAUGGAUGCUCAAACAGCGAUCAUCGACAACGAUUGCACAAGAAACAACUGCAUGUGGCUUUUAACAACCACUCAACCAAUUCAAAGAUUCGCGAGUUGACGGCUGAAAGUGUCGGAUGUUUGGUGCAGAUUCGUGGGCAGGUGAUUCGGACGCAUCCUGUUCACCCAGAGCUUUCUCAAGCAACAUUCGUCUGUGAUGAAUGUGGAGUCACCAUUCGGGAUGUGAAACAGCAAUUCCGCUAUACUCAGCCAUCGAAGUGCACGAAUGCUCAUUGUCUGAACCGAGUGCGAUUCAGUUUAGAUGUUGAUGACUCGUCUUUUGUUGAUUUUCAAAAGAUCAGAAUUCAGGAGCAAGCGGAUGAGCUUCCACGUGGGUCAAUUCCUCGAGCACUCGAUGUUAUAGUCAGAGGAGAACUGGUUGAGCGUGUGCAACCCGGAGACCGGAUUACGCUUACUGGGACGCUGAUGGCUAUUCCUGAUGUUGGAAUGUUUUCCACUCCUGGAAUGCGCGCUGACCCAGGGAAAGGAGCUAAAGCAAAACUUGAUGAGGGUGGAAUUGGUGGAUUGAAGUCUCUUGGAGUUCGCGAGCUCACCUAUAGGCUCUCGUUUUUGUGCUCAAACCUGCAGAACAGCGCCACGACGUUUGGUGGACAAGAACUGGCUGACUCUGUGGAUCACUUCGCUCUCUGGCAAAGCAUGACUCAUGAUGAGCAAAAGAUUUUAAAGGCAAUGAGUGAAGAUCGAGAUAUCGAGAAAAAUUUGACGGAUAGUAUCUUCCCAAAUAUUUAUGGAGGUGAUGAGAUUAAAGUCGGUGUGUUAUUGAUGCUGUUUGGUGGUGUUGGCAAACGGGCAGGCAAAGAGGGAACAACUCUUCGUGGUGAUAUCAAUGUUUGUCUUGUCGGUGAUCCUUCUACCGCAAAAUCACAAGUUCUGAAACGUGUUGAGGAGUUCUCUCCGCGUGCAGUUUACACCUCUGGAAAAGCCUCUUCGGCAGCUGGUUUGACUGCCGCUGUUGUGAAAGAUGAAGAAUCUAUGGACUUUGUCAUCGAAGCUGGUGCCUUGAUGUUGGCUGAUAAUGGUGUAUGCUGCAUUGACGAAUUUGACAAGAUGGAUCCGAAAGAUCAAGUGGCUAUUCAUGAGGCGAUGGAACAACAAACGAUCUCAAUCACAAAGGCUGGAGUUAAAGCGACUUUGAAUGCUCGAGCGUCAAUUCUUGCUGCUGCCAAUCCUAUUGGUGGCCGUUAUGACAGAUCUCGGUCUUUGAAGCACAAUAUUCAACUUUCUGCUCCAAUUAUGAGUCGUUUUGAUUUGUUCUUUGUAUUGAUCGACGAGUGCAACGAGGUCAUCGAUUUUGCCAUUGCUCGUCGCAUUCUCGACAAUCAUCGCAACAUUCGUGGACAAAAGCUACGUGAAACUCCUUAUCCGGAAGACGAUGUCAAGAAAUAUAUUGCAUUUGCUCGUUGCUUUAAACCAAAGAUCAACCCUGCAGCGGCAGAGACCCUUGUUGCUAGCUACAAGAAGCUUAGACUACAGGACAGCAACAAUGCAGCGACUUCUUCAUGGAGAAUCACCGUGCGACAGCUCGAAUCAUUGGUUCGUCUCUCCGAAGCACUUGCCCGUCUUAAAUGCUCUUCCGAGGUCACUCCGGCACACGUAAAUCGAGCAGCCCAGCUUCUCAUGAAAUCAAUUGUUCGUGUCGAGCAGCCAGACGUGCUUUUGGAUGAAGAAAUGGAACAAAUUGAUGAAUUCUUUGUCAAUGAACAAGGACAGGGUGAUGAAAAUAUGGACACAAACGUUCCACCAGUUGAACCAGAGAUCAAUAAACAUCAGAUUGACCCAUCAAAGCUCAAAAUUCGUUACGAUGUGUUUAAACAUAUCGCUGACAUGUUGGUACUUCACAUGCAAUCUGAUCAAGAAACGGCUUCUUCGGAAGAGGAAUGGUCUGGUGUGAAAUCGAGUCAACUUGUUGAAUGGUAUUUGUCUGUGCUUGAGUCCGAAAUCGAGACAGAAGAACAAUAUCACGAGCAAAAGACAAUUUGCGAGAGGGUGAUUCGUCGUUUGACCGCCGAUCGUAUCCUCGUCGAGCUGGAGCCCGGUGAGAAUCCUGUGCUGAUUGUGCAUCCAAAUUACGUUGUCGAGAUGCAA